AUGGACGCCGUUCGGACUGUUGAGGUCGAGUGCGACUCUGGAAACGACUACGAUGGCCGAAUGGGACUGCGCAUAUCAGCCAUCUUUGUCAUUGGACUUGGAUCUAUGCUAGGUGCAUUAUUACCAGUCGCAGCCGCACGAACCAAGCGUAUGCGAGUACCAAAGCUGGCCUUCUUCAUUACCAAACAUUUCGGUAGCGGUGUUAUCAUCACAACGGCUUUUAUCCAUCUACUCUCUCCUGCAAAUGAGGCCCUCAACAAUCCUUGCAACACCGGUCCUAUCACCGAAUAUGAUUGGGCAGCUGGUAUUGUUUUGAUGACUAUCUUUGUGAUGUUCUUCAUUGAAUUAAUGGCGGCGCGGUUCGAUGUCUUUGGGCGACAAGCGCAUGAUAUUGAAGCGGCGGACCCUUCGUUGGAUCUGAUUAGAAAAAGCGAAAAGUCAAGCCAUUCUCACAAUGGUGACGCGAACAGCCCCAACAUGCAUUCCGCCAGUAGCUUAGCCGGUGAAGAUCUUGCAGUCACUCAGGCAGCCAGAAAAAGCAGUGUUCCAGGAAGACCAAAUGAUUUCACAUACCCACCAGGAGGUGAAGAUCAUCUUGGACAUCAGCGAGACCACAUGACCGAGGACGACCACUUUGCUGCCCAGAUGACAGGACUCUUCAUUCUCGAAUUUGGUGUCAUCUUUCACUCCAUCUUCAUUGGUCUCACGCUUGCUGUUGCCGGUGAAGAGUUUAUCACCUUGUACAUCGUCCUUGUCUUCCACCAAACUUUCGAGGGUCUUGGUCUUGGAUCACGACUUGCAACAGCAUCAUGGCCAAAGUCGAAAUGGUAUCUUCCGUGGGCUCUUGGAGCUGCUUAUGGCUUGACUACUCCCAUUGCCGUCGCUGCUGGACUCGGUGUUCGAUCAUCGCUGGCGCCAAACAGUCAGAACACUCGUAUUGUCAAUGGUGUGUUUGAUUCUAUCAGUGCUGGUAUCUUGAUCUACACGGGUCUGGUCGAGCUCAUGGCCCAUGAUUUCAUGUUCAACCCAGAGAUGAGAAAAGCAAGCAUGAAGAUGUUGCUCCUUGCCUAUCUCUGCAUGUGCAUUGGUGCUGGACUUAUGGCCUUGCUCGGAAAAUGGGCUUGA